AUGAAGUUCCUCAGCCUCAUCCUUGCACUCACCGCCCUGGCGCCCGUCGAUGCCAGGCCGAAGAAGGCGGCCAAGCCUCCCUACUUCGUCCUCACUGGCGACUCGACAGUUGCCGUCGCCGGAGGCUGGGGCGACGGCUUCCUGUCUUACGUGAAGGCCCCCGCAGACGGCAUCAAUCCUGCCAAGAGCGGCGCGACGACCGCCUCGUUCAGGGCCGAUGGCCGUUGGAACACGACCAUCACCGCCGUCCAGGAGAACGUCGACACCCACUCCCCCAUUGUCACCAUUCAGUUCGGUCAUAACGACCAGAAGGCCACGUCGGGCAUCUCUCUGGAGAAGUUUCAGGCCAACCUCGUGGCCCUCGCCGAAGAGGUCAUCGCUGCCGGCGGCACACCUAUCCUCAUCACCUCGUUGACGCGCCGCGCCUUCAACGGAAGUGCCGUCAUUGAGAACCUGAACGAGCACAGCGCCGCCGCCAUCGCCGCUGCCGAGAGCCUCGGUAUUGACUACCUCGACCUCAACAAGGCCAGCACGGCGUAUGUCAAUGCCAUCGGAAAGGCCAACGCUGACCUCUACAACCUUUCGUCCGGCGACAGGACACACCUCAACCCAUCCGGCGAAAAGGUCUUUGGCCGUUUGGUGGUCGACCUGCUGCUGAAGAAGCGCAAGGACCUCCGCCGCUACUUCGAGAAAGACGUGGCUCUGAGCAAGAAGAUUGCGGCGGGCGAGUACGCCACUGGCGAUGAGUAG